AUGAAAGGUGCGGUGGCUAUUCUUGGUGCUGGAACCCAAGGAAGACGACUUGCGUAUAUGUGGUCGAGCCGUGGACGGCCAGUAAAACUGAUUGACAAGAAACCUGACGCCCUCGAAGCUGCCUUGGUUGAGAUCGACAAGUUUAGGACAUCAGGUGGGCGAGAGACGGGACACAAAGACGGAGUUGUCUCGAUCUUUGGGCUAGACGAGCUAGAUGUUGCUUUAGAAGGUGCCUGGCUGGCUGUUGAGAAUGUUCCCGAAUCCAUGGAGCUCAAGUGCUCUGUUGUCCAGCAGCUUGAUGGAUUGUCACAUACGGACACGAUCAUAGCGUCCAAUUCCAGCAGUUUCACGAUACAGCAAAUUAUUGAUGGCUUAGAACUAAAGCAUCCGAAUCGCUGUGUGAGCUUGCAUUCCUACUGGCCUCCGGAAACAGCAGCGAUAGAAGUAAUGGGAACUAACAUCACAAAGCCUGAUAUCAUCCCACGUCUAAUGAAACAAUGCAGAGAAGAUGGAUUCAACCCUUUCCAUGUGAAAAAGAGUUCUUGUGGCUACAUUUACAACCGCAUCUGGGCUGCAAUCAAACGGGAAUCACUUUAUGUUGCCGCUGAGGGAGUAGCAAGUCCGGAAGAGAUAGAUUGUAUCUAUAAAGACGUACUCAAAACCCCCAAAGGUCCAUUCGAACAAAUGGAUGUAGUUGGUUUAGAUGUAGUGAAGGACAUCGAGGAGAAUUAUGCUCAGAAUAGAGGCGGGUUACCAAAGGAGCCGCGUGAUUUACUGGCUCGGAUGAUACAGAAUGGAAAACUCGGAGUUAAGACUGGGGAAGGAUUUUACAAGUAUUGA